AUGGAGCCAACGUCCUUUUCUCCGACAGACAGCCCCAGCAUGGAGAGCCCCUUGAGUGCAGAAUCAGCUCCCCCAACCCCAGCUCCCAGAAACCAUACUCCUUCUCCAAGUCCCAGAGCUGAGGCCCAAGAGUUGAGAAUGGAGGAGAAAGAGAGAACAGCGGACACAGAGGAGGACCCUAUAUAUCUGUCUCUGUUAUCAGAGGUGUCAGUGCUUGUGGAGGAGCCAGCAGAGGAGGCAUCAGAGAAGGCUGAGGAGAGGGCUGAGAGAGAGGCUCAGAGGCAGCUCCUGGCCACAGAGGAGCUGGUCUACACAGAGAGAAACUACCUGAGACUCCUCCAGGUCUGCACCUGCACCAUCAGGAGCAACCUGCAGAAACUCCAGCCACAGCUGCCUAACCUGGACAGCAUGUUCCUGUACAUAGAGGAGGUGAUCGACGUGUCAGGGCGCCUCAUUAGCCUCCUGGACCAGAAGCAGUUGACACCCCAUGAUCCUCUCUUCCUGGAGACUCUAUGUGAUGCCUUCCUCAGUCUAUCAACAGACAUGGAGUCGGCAUACAAGGAGUACCUGGCCAACUACAACACUGUCACAGCGUUAGAGAACAGCUACAAGCAGAAAGAUGCCCUGUGGACUGAGAUAGUGAAAGUCAUCAAGUCCUCAGCGCCAGAGGUGAAUGCCACCUCUCUGAGCUUCUUCCUGGUGAUGCCAGUCCAGAGGAUCGCCCGCUACCCUCUUCUCCUCCAGACCGUCAUGAAACACACAGAGCCUGGGCACCCGGCCUACUCUCUUCUGGAGCAAACUGCCCGCACCGCCAUAGCCCUCAACUGCAGGAUCAAUGAGUACAAACGCUUCAGGGAAGUAGCCGACAAAUACAAGAAGACGGAAACCCUGACGAUAAGGGAUAAGAUGAAUCGUCUGAACAGCCACAGCAUCGCAAAGAAGACGGCCAGACUGAGUCAGUUCAUCAAACAUGAGACGGGGAUUGCACCAAAGCUGGUAGAUGAGGAGUUUGAUGCCUUGGAGGGAUUUUUCUAUCUCCUUGAAAAUGGUAUCACCGUGCUACAUGAAAAUGUGGAGACAUAUCUAGACCAUCUACAGGAGAAGAGGAUGAGGACUUUGGUCCACAAGCCCCUCUGUGCCCUGAGAGAGCUUCUGGCGGGGCCUCGUAACCUGAUCAGUAAGCGUCUGGACAAGCUGCUGGACUACGAGCUGAUCGAAGAGAAGCCCAGUCUGAGCUACGAUGAGCAGGCGGUGGCUAACACCUAUAAGACCAUCAACACCCUGCUCCUCAACGAGCUGCCCCGGUUCAACGGCCUGGCCCUCACCCUGCUCUGGGGCAUGCUGGGGGCUUUCAGCUGCCUGCACAAGGACCUGGCUGCAGACAUGGAGCAGCUCUUCCAGGGCUUCACCCAACAGCUCCCUGGAGCCGAAUGCAGCUCCCUGGAGCCGAAUGCAUUCUGGGAGUGGGCGGAGUGUUCGGUGCUGGAGGGUGCGAGGAGGCUGGAGAGCCUGUGUCCUCCCUCCCUAUUUGUCUUCUCUUCCAUUUGGUGUGCAAUGACCACAACGCUGUCCUCCCAGCCUCUCAGCCCUGGCUCUCAGAAGCGUCUGAAGGUCCUGACAGACAAGCACGGCUCAGGGAAGAUCUACCAGCUGACGGGUCAUGUGGUGGGGACCAGAGACCUGGACCUGAGCCUGAACAGAGGAGAGCUGGUGGCCAUCAUCAGUGAGAUGGACACACGGGGGGACAAACGACGCUGGCUGGUCGACGCUGGGGGUCCAAGAGGAUACGUCCCCUCCUCCAAGCUGGUACGUUACCACCAGGUAACCAUGGACCCUGCCCCAUCCCCUCAUCUGAUCACUACCAUGGAUCACGCUGGGGGGGUCAGACGACACUCCUGCACGCCUGACGUCAGGCGACCCUCCUACACCCCUGAUACACCCCAGCCCCGACUCGUGCUCGCAGGCUAUGACUUCAUGGCGAGGAGCAGUCACGAGGUCUCUCUGAGGGCUGGGGAACCAAUCAGAGUCCUGGAACCCCACGACAAGAAGGGCAGCUGUGACUGGAGCCUGGUGGAGGUGCGGGGGCAGAGGGGGUACGUGCCCUCCAACUACCUGACAGUGAUGCCCACAUCCACGACGCCCACCGCCCCCUACCACUAG